AUGCGACAUGGCGUCUGCUGCCGCAAUGUCUUUGACCCUGCCUUCAUGCGCCGAGUGAAGCGGACGCUGGCAUCAUACAAGGAGGCAAUGGACCAUUCCACACGAAAGGGCAUUUCUCGAGAGGCUUUUGUUGACAUUGGGGAGAAGGGCCCUGCGUGGUAUCUGGGGCACAUGCAGCUUGCCUUACGGACCCUGACCGAGAAGGUUAGGGAUGCAGAUUUUGUGCUGGAAAUACGGGAUGCACGACUGCCAUUUUCCACGGAAAACCCCAACCUGCGAAAGAUCAUUUCCGGGCGACCGAGGCUCAUUGUCUUCAACAAGGCAGAGAUGUCUAAUGAAGACUGUAACCGUAACAUUCAACAGUAUUACGAGAAGACGGGCAACUUUGCUCUCUUCACAAGCGCUAAAAGAAGUUGGAGAGACACCGUAGAAGCUGUUCAACGAUUUGUGACACAUAUUUUACCCGCCCAGCAAUUUAAGGUGACUGCUCAUGUUGGGCUUGUGGUCGGGAUGCCCAAUGUUGGCAAGUCCACCCUCAUCAACUCUUUACGAUUGGCACAUGAAUAUCAGUUCCAUCGCGAGGAUUUUCGACGUCCUCGUACGCCGGAAGCCGUGAGUAUUACUCCAGGUACGACUAAAGGCGUGAAACUUGUUCCUGUUUGUCGGGAUCCCAAUAUUGUUCUCUAUGACUCUCCUGGUCUUACGCUCCCAGGGUGCCUCUCCAAGGAGGCAAGUUUAAAGUUAGCAGCGUGCGGGAUUAUACCCACAAAUGACAUUACGCUUCCUCGUAGCAUUGUGGCUCGUUACAUUUACGAUGUUCUCACAGCUGCCGGAAUUUCUGAGCACAUGGCGGAGUGUUUGCACCUACCACGUGCCCCAAUUAGCUUUGACGACUGUAUUGCGAUGAUAUGUGAGAGAAGUGGAACCAGUGGACAAACAGACUUGGGAAAUAUAGAUCCUGUACGGGCGCAGAUGUUUCUGAUACAUGAUUUUCAGAUGGGAAAUAUGGGUCGUAUUACGUUGGAUCGUUUGCCCAACAAAAUGCGGCGGCAGAUGACAGUAAGUGAACAUCAUCAACUGGGUGACGGCAGGGAUAAAAAUCCGGAAAGUGCUGCCGAAAAUAAUGAAUUUCUCUGGACGCAUCAUGUGAAGACCUCAGACGUAGUGGCUCGCUAUUCUGAGGAUAUGCGAGAUGUCAUGGAAGAGCUUCAAGGAGGAAUGUCGACGCAUAACAUGCGCUUUCAUCCACGCUCAGAAAGGGACAGCACAGUCAUCAGUCGCAAGAAAGGGCCCAUCAGUCGGGUAAGUUUGCAUGAGGAGUGUUUUCGACAAAGCACCCGUAUUGCUCCAGGGCGCUAA